GGAUAAUAUUUACCUUGUGUCAACGAUGGUUUUGAGGAUCAAAGAAGCCAACUGUACAUCUGUGGCCAAUUUUGAUGACUGCCCAGGAAACGUAACAGAUUUCUGCCCAGAGAGUAUUGUUUGUGCAUGCAAAGAUGGAGAGCCUUUUUGCAAAUGUCCAUAUUUUAGAGGCCGGUGGGGAACCUACUGGUACAUGGGGGCCAAAUGUGACCAACUCUGGAAUACUCUGGACCUGAUUUUAGUAGCAACAUUGCCUGGAGUAGGACUGGCUUUAAUAGUUGGUGUAACAAUCCAGACUAUCCACUACUGUAAAAAGAAGUCAAAGAAGAAUAUAGAUAACCACCGAGAACAGAGGAUUUCAUCACAGCAUCAACGUCAGCAUAAUUCUGCACGUGCUUUUGGUGAGGAUAUGAGGCCUCCUCAACCUGAUCAAGGCCAGUAUCCUUGGAGCUCAUCUAGGCAGGGGAUCCUUCCUGGGAGUCCUGUGUAUCCAUCAUCACAAUUCUCUGGAAGAAAUUACAACUUCAUGAUUCAUGACACCAAAGAGAACAAUCAUUACAACUAUCCAUCUGCUAACUGGGACAGCUCUUGGGGAACAACUAAACCAGAAGUAAAUUAUGGGAACAAGUAUUCUUCAAGCAUGCACAUGCAGCCACUCUUUGAUUUUUCCACACCAGGAGUUCCAAAAUCAAACUAUAUUCAAAAAGAAAGGCAGCCUUCUGGAUACUUAAAUUCUGAAGAGCCAGAAAUCCCUCACAGAAUAGGACGUGCCCAGAUGAAAUUCAACUAUUAAGAUCUCAGCAGAUAAAUACAUAUACAAAUAUGUGAUCCUCUGAUUAUCUUAAAAUUCAUGUAAUACCUUAAAAACACUAUGAUUAAAAUUUAUCUGUGCUCCAAAUAUUUUUCUUUCUGCAUUAAUGCCAUCAGUUUUUCUCUUUAUACCUUGAACUUUUUCUGCCUACACUCUGAUGACCCCAGAAGUGAACUUUCAUUUCCAGUAUCCAAUUUCUUAACUUAGCAAGAAUGGCAGAUACCUGUUGUCUCUGAAAUUCAGCAUAAUACUUGCUUACUCUGUUAGGACAUAUAUCUUUGUAAAGUGCUCAUCAAAAUGUGUA